AUGCUGCAGGGGAGACGACAGAUGGAGCAGGCCGGGCAGUGUAACCGGGCGCUGGUCGUGUCUGUGGCCGAGUUUGACCCCGGGGUCAAACUGGGGAGGAGACCCGGGGCCCAGAGGGACGCCAAGAGGCUCCACAGGACCCUCAGCAAGCUGGGCUUCAAGGUGGAGCUCCACACUGACCUGAGUGGAGAGGAGAUCUACCAGCUGUUCCUCACAGAGAGCAGGCGCCCGGUGAAGGACUGCUUCCUGGCCGUUCUGUCGUCUCAUGGGGACGAGGGCUUCGUGUUCGGAGCUGAUGGAGAACGAGUGCGACUGUCUCGGAUCUUCUCGUGUUUCAACAACCAGCUCAUGGAGAAAAAGGCCAAAGUGUUUCUCGUCCAGGCCUGUCGGGGACCGGACCUGGACGAUGGCGUGGAGGUGGAUUCAGUGGAUGAUGUCACAGACUUCUCUCAGGAUGUGUGGGUUCCUGUGGACACAGCAGUGAUGUACGCUGCAGCACCAGGUUACGGGGCCUUCAUGCAUCCUCUGGGUUCCGUGUUCCUCCAGACGUUCUGCUCCCUGCUGGAGACGGAGGGGAACCGGGAGCUGGAGCUGACCCGGCUGAUGACCCGGCUGUCCCACAGCGUGGCCUACACCUUCCAGGCCAAAGGGCGCUCUCUGGGCGGGAAGAAGGAGAUGCCCUGCUUAGUGACAAGUUUGACCAGGGAGGUGUUCCCAUUCGCCGAGGCCCGGAAAGAGGGCGGGGCCGCGGGGCUUUCAGCCACGUCAUUGGUCGGCUCCCAAGCCGCCAGGAAGCGAACUCCUUCGAUCAGUUAGCAUCAGUUCAGAUGUUUUACAAACUUUAUCUAUUUAAAUAGAACUUUUCAUUUAUUUGACUCAUAUUUACUGAUGUGUCUGUUUGUAAAUAAAGAUUUUAUACAAAACACUAAACUCAUAAGUCGUUUUAUAUUACAUUGAUUAUAUUCUUGGCUGUGCUCUCGUUCCUGCUUCCUGUUGGGCUAGACUGUCCACCUGGAGGCGCAGGAGGAACCAGAUGUUGGAUGGGGGCAGGACAGAUGUGGACAGAUCAGCUCAUCUGGGAGUGGAACAGCCUUCUCCAGCUGGACCAGGAACCUGGAAGCGCUCAGGUCUCAGUGGAGGAUCAGGUUCUGUGUUCACUGGAGGAGGCUGAGUCACUGGUCCUCUUUAAAACCCAUGUGGCUCUGUAUGAGACAAGUAGUUUUAUUUUGUAAAAUAUGACCUGAUUGAAUUUGUUAUUUUUUUUUGCUGAUGCUACUA